GCAUCGCUCCCGACAUUCCUACGCGCAGAGCGAACGAUCAAGAUCUGUCGAAGUGCCUGAAGUGCCCGAACGCCGUUGAUUCAGCCCCAGGGACAUCAUCCUCUCUGCGAUGAGCAGCGUCUGCCACCAUGCGCUAGCUAUCAUGAUAUCAGCACGAUCAUCCGAUGAAUACUGUUCGAGCCUUGUACCGGCGUGAAUAUUCGCAGGGUUGAACCAGGGACCACAGAGAGCAGUGUCGAAGUUAUGUUGCAAGUCCUGAUUCCGGCCUUUCGUGCACGCCGUUUGCACCUUCCAUAACCGGACAGGCGGUGCGCGGUCAAGUAUUCAUAUCGAUCGCGUUUCAUGCUGCAUCCGCAUUGCAGCUCUUCAAAACCGUAUCUCGCUCUCCCGCUUGCCCAUCUCCUUCCUUCACUCUGACCAUCGCGGACGCCAGCACCCAGACAUGCAGAGCACACAGAUGCAACGACACUCGUUCCAGGCCCUUAACUCGACCUUCGUCGUCGAUUCCGAGUACCAGUUCGUCAAGGAGCUUGGCCAGGGUGCGUACGGCUGUGUCGUCGCCGCGAAGCACCGACGAUCUGGUGAGGGCUGCGCUAUCAAGAAAAUUACGAACAUCAACACAAAGAGGAUAUUGACAAAGCGAUGCCUUCGUGAGAUCAAGCUUCUGCACCAUUUCAGAGGGCAUAAGAAUAUCACUUGCCUCUACGAUAUGGACAUCGUCUUCCGCCCGGACAGCUUCAAUUUCGACGAGGUCUACCUCUAUGAAGAGCUCAUGGAAGCGGACUUGCAUGCGAUUAUCCGCUCCCAACAACCCCUCUCAGAUGCACACUUCCAGUCCUUCAUCUACCAGACGUUAUGUGGCCUGAAGUACAUCCAUUCUGCGAACGUACUACACCGUGACCUGAAGCCAGGCAACCUACUUGUGAAUGCGGACUGCGAGCUCAAGAUCUGCGACUUUGGUCUCGCGCGUGGGUACCAGCCGGGCGGCGGGGCGACCCAGAACAGGGGCGCGGCAAACCAGGGUUUCAUGACCGAGUACGUGGCGACGCGAUGGUAUCGUGCCCCGGAGAUCAUGUUGAGCUUCGCGAACUACGGCCCGGCGAUUGAUGUCUGGUCCGUUGGAUGCAUUCUUGCUGAGCUCCUCUCCGGAAAGCCCAUCUUCAAGGGACGGGACUACGUCGACCAGUUGAACCAGAUCCUGCACUACCUGGGCACGCCUGCGGAAGACACGCUGCGUCGCGUCGGCUCGCCGCGUGCACAGGACUACAUCCGCUCGCUGCCGAUCAAGCCGCGCGUGCCGUUCUCGACGCUCUUCCCGCGCGCGAACCCGCUCGCGAUCGACCUGCUCUCGCAGCUGCUCAACUUUGACCCCGCGAAGCGCAUCACCUGCGAGCAGGCGCUCAAGCACCCGUACCUCCAGGUUUGGCACGACCCCGCGGACGAGCCCGUGUGCCCUGCUCCGUUCGACUUCGGCUUCGAGGAAGAGGACUCAAUCGAGGGCAUGAAGCGGCUCAUCAUCGAGGAGGUGCAGAGCUUCCGUGUCGAGGUGCGCCAGCAGGCGCGCGGCGGUGGCCAGAUCCGGCGGGAAGACAGCCUGCCCAUCCCGACGCGCGAGGAGCUCCAGAGUUCGACAGGGCAGAACGGCGGGUACCCGCUGCCCGAGGAGCGCACGGCAAGCCCUGUCACAGAGGACCCGAGCGCGGAGCUUGAAAAGGAGUUGGCCAGCACACACCUCGGGUCGCGCAGGGCCUGAGCGCAGCCUGCCAGCGAUCGCAGCAAUGUCUGAUUCACUUGCGCGGUGCGUUUCACCAGUUGCUGACUGAGCAGGUCUGGUAGUGCGACUCAGACUUCUUCGGCUCUCCUGUGGGGUGUCCGCCCGGUGGAGGUCUUGGAUAUGUAUACCUUUCGUUCGUGUGUAGCUUCAUUUGUGAUAAAUUAUGCGGUGUCGUGUUGCUAUGUAUCUCAGAUCGUCUUGCUGUAGAAUACCCACGUGAAAACUAUGCAACGUAGCUUGGUUGG